AUGGGUCGUGUCAUCCGCAACCAACGUAAGGGUCGCGGCUCUAUCUUCACGGCCAACACCCGCCUGAACAAGGCCCCCGCCCAGUUCCGCACGCUCGACUACUCUGAGCGCAAUGGAUACAUCAGGGGUGUAGUCAAGGAGAUCGUCCACGACAGCGGUCGUGGCGCUCCUCUGGCCCGCGUUACCUUCCGCAACCCCUACAGGUUCAAGCACAACACCGAGACGUUCAUUGCCAACGAGGGCAUGUACACUGGCCAGUUCAUCUACGCCGGAAAGCACGCCGCUCUCACCAUUGGCAACAUCCUGCCCCUCCACUCCGUCCCCGAGGGUACCGUCUUGACCAACGUCGAGGACAAGAACGGUGACCGUGGUGCGCUCGGCCGUACCUCCGGUAACUACGUAACCGUCAUUGGCCACAACCCCGAUGAGGGCAAGACCCGUGUCAAGCUCCCCUCCGGUGCCAAGAAGGUUCUUCCCAGCUCCUGCCGUGGUAUGGUCGGUAUCGUUGCCGGUGGUGGACGUACAGACAAGCCCCUCCUGAAGGCCUCGCGUGCCAAGCACAAGUUCGCUGCCAAGCGCAACAGCUGGCCCAGGACUCGUGGUGUUGCCAUGAACCCCGUCGAUCACCCCCACGGUGGUGGUAACCACCAGCAUAUCGGUAAAGCCUCGACCAUCUCGCGCUACGCCGUCGCCGGUCAGAAGGCUGGUCUCAUCGCCGCCAGGAGGACGGGUCUGCUCCGCGGUACCCAGAAGACCAAGGAUUAA